GCAAAGCUCGCGCCGGACAAAGCGACUCGCUUCUCGGUUCAGUUCAGUACACGCGGGAUCUCGAAACGGGAAACAACUCCUCAACAUACAGUGCUACAGUACAGAACUUCAAGGAAUACGCUUUUACAUUUUUUUUUUAAUUCAGAUAACACAAACUUUACAAGAUGUCUGAGAGCAAGCAAUUGGAAGCUGGUCAGCAGCUCGUUAAGAAGACAAUGGAUGAGUUGAUUCAACAGAAACAAACCACAGAAAAAGUAACCAUUCAGGCGAGACAAGAGUUCCGCGAACACUUUGAACAGAGUUAUGAAGAAGAAUUUGAGGAAGAAACUUUUAUUGAUCAGUUCGGAAAUGAGACGACCAAGAGAGUGGAGUCGAGCAGCGAGAGCUCGGAGCACUCGAAGAGCGCCAACGUGCAGGUGAAGGCGUCGGGACUGAACGCGGAGCAAGUGAAGGCCCUCACAGACUGCGCCAAUGAGGCGGGACAACUCGCGCUCGAUUCUAAACCAGCCAACUGAGGUGUCAUUUUAAAGUGCGUGUGGUGGUACCAAAGAGUGAUAAAGACUGUGUCCAGUGUUCCUUUCUAAAUGUUAUCAUUAAUUUAAGUUUACUUUUAUAAAAGUCAAUAAAUGUUUUAAUCAAAAAUGGUGUAUUGAAUUAGUGCAGUAAAGUCCGAGGUGCUAUAGGUGACUUAGGAAAUAAACUAAAAUGGAGGAGGAAGACGACGAACGUAAAGUCCGUAGGCAGAAGUUGGCGGCGUUCAGCUCGCUUAACGCACGUAUCGUGCACACCUCACUAGAGGAGGGAUUCCUACGCCAGCAGGCUUCGUCCGAAUCGGCCGACGCUAACACAUCUAGUAUUUCAACAGCUCAGUUCAGUGAUAGGAGUUUCGUAUCUAAAACGAGUACAUUCUCCCGAAGCGGUACCUCAAGUUCGAGUCAAGAGGAAUGUGAGGUGGCUCAGACGACCAUCACGAGCGGCCAGUACCUAGCAGCCGCGAGGGUUGAGACGGCUCGCUCGAUGGAGAGUCUUCGUCCGAGUAAAGAUACGUCCCCAGCGCGGCCGGCGAGCUCCUGUACCACGGUGCGGGUUCACCGUAGCUCGUUCUUGACCGCGAGUGAGCGCGAUGUACGGGAGUCACGUGGGCUGCCGGCGCGACGUGCUUUGUCUGGCGAGGACAUGGGCAACUCGGCGGAAAAGCGACGCGGGCUGUUUGCGAGUACCGAGCGACGAGCUCUGCAACAACUCAGCUUGCCUCCGCCGGAACGCCGCCUCACGAUCCUUAGCCCGCACAGCCCCAUGGCAACGACUGAACUACAAUGGCCUACACCACCCGGUAUACGAGGUAGACGGAAGAAGGGCAUGGUCCUGCCCAAACUAAUAUUACCACGGAGCGACUCUGACGGAUCAGAAGUAUUUUUCGAAAGGUGCAUUAUUUUUUACAUGUAUUUCGAUAAAAUUAGACUUAUUUCUAAUUAUUAUAUUCUUUUUAUAUCUUCUCUUGUAAUAAAUGAUAAUUACUUUGAAAAUACAACGAGCUCAUAAAUUGCCGACUGAAAUUUCCAAGAUAAACAUGUUUCGAAGGCGAUGUACACACAUAUGUACGAGUACGUCAGUAACAAAACGCUAACAUCGUUUGUUUACUCUGUAGGAGUAAAAUGUUUUAUUUGUGCUAGAAUUCGUUCGUUGUUUGAAUAAAAUUAUAAAAGUUCCUUUCUUUUUAAUUGAAACGGACGUAAUUGAAUGAUUUCUUCUUUAAAAAUCUAUUGUUAGAAAAAAUUGCAAUCGUACGUUUUUUCUGUACUUCUGGUAUCAAAUGAAACAUGACUUAGACAAACAAAUGAAACAACAAUUUUAAAGCAAAACUUAGGUGGUAUUUUUUCUAGCUAGUGCCUAUUUUCCUUUCCAUUAGUAUGUGGUAUAAACUCUAUUUGCCAUCAGGUUAACAUCAUAGUUAUUGUCAAAAACCACUUAAGACAUUAAUAUAAUUUAUCUAAAGAUCGUUUUCGCGUUGCUAAUCAUGAGAUUCGAACGAAUUUAUUUAAAAUAUGGAGGUACAAUAUUAUACACUUUGGCAUUUAGCAAAACAAUAGAACACGAAACAAAGGAAGUAAACAUUACGGCUGUUAAACUAAUUGUAAGACUAGAACUUCUUUAGAUAGCGUAACAAUAGAAAAUGAUAUUCCUCUCUACGUACACAAUACGGGCACACGUGCAGAAUGUUGGAUGAAAUCCAAAUAAGUUUUGCUCUAUCGGUCCCACACUGACUAGAAGAACAAACAUGUGCUGUGAAUCAUUAAUGCUAUAUUUAUAUUUAGACGAUCUGGACAGGUAAACACAAAUGUAACUAGGUCUUCAAUACUACGCUAGAGUGAAUUAGCUUAGGCAGAUUUCUUUCAAACUUUAAUGUUAGAUAAGAAUUUUAUGUUACUUUUACACUGCACCAACGAGUAUGUUAUAUUUUUUAAGCAUAAGCAUAAAUGCCUCAUUUUUGCUUUUUACUACUAUAUUGUUAAUCUUAUCGAUUUACAAUAA